AUGAGCUCACCUAUUUGUGCUAGAUUCAUCCAUGAAUCUCAAAAUAUAAUUGAUGUAUGCCUGAAAUUUUCAAGUCUUAGUAUUAAUGACUUGACUGAGUCUCUACUCGAGACAAAACUUCAAGCCCUUGAAGAAGAUUGGCAAUCUCUUCGCCGUUCCUAUGAAGGUAUUUAUUUAGCUCUCGAUGAAGUCGUUGAUAUACACUUCAAGAAAGAAGCAAAAUGUAAAUUCGAGAAUUGUAGAGAACAUUAUCAGCAAACAAAAGCUGAAAUGAUGGAUUUCAUUAAAGUUUCUAAAGCAUCGUCCGAAAAUGCUCAAAGAGGUAAUGGUCCGAUGCAUUCCACUGUAGGAGAUCCAUCAGCCUACUUCAAUGCGACCUACGGAACUUCAGAUUUUGGAGUUAGUGUUCCUCCGUGUGAUGCCCCAGAUUUUCAUGGCACUUAUAAAGAAUGGCCCUCAUUCAGGGACAUGUUUACAGCUGUUUACAUCAGCAAAAUUAGAAUGCCAGAUGUACAAAAAUUAUUGUACCUAAGAAAAAAGGCAAAAGGGGAAGCGAGUUCCAUUGUAAAUAAAUAUCCAUUAACGAACGAUGGAUUUUCGUUAGCAUGGGAAGCUUUACGAGCUCGCUACGAAAAUAAGAGGAUUUUAGUAGAUAUUCAGUUGAAAGCUCUAUUCAACAUCCCUCGCGCGGAUUACGAAUCAGCAGAAGCAAUUAACAAUAUACAGACAACUAUUAGUGAUUGUCUUGCUCUGCUAUCUUCUCAGGAAAUAAAUGUAGAACAUUGGGAUCCCAUCCUCGUAUAUUUGUGCUCCACAAAAAUUCCAACUGAAACAUUAGCUCUAUGGGAACAAUCUCUUGUUUCAAAUUCAAUUUUACCUUCCUGGUCUCAAAUGGAACAGUUUCUUAUUAAAAGACAUCGAGUAGUGGAACGGAUUGUAGGAAUUACGAAAGAUAGGAUUAAACAAACUCAAUCUGAUAACUGCCAAGACUCUCAAAGUCUCAAUGCACAGCACUCUAAGUGCAUUUUAUGUGAAAGAAAUCACAAUUUACGAAUUUGUUCGAAAUUUAUAGGCUUUUCUCUAAAGCAACGAAAUAGUUUUGUUUUACAAAACGACAUUUGUAAAAACUGCUUAUCUCUAUCACAUAGAGUUUCUGAUUGCAUUAGCCGAUAUAGAUGCAAUCAAUGUGGUAAUAAACACCAUAGCAUGCUUCACAUGCAAAAAAGUUAUAAUUCCCAAAAUUCGAAAGAAUCGAGUACUGGAGAUUCUGCGACAAGCUCUUGUUAUGAAGAAUUAAUACAUAAUAACGAAAUUGUUGAUCGUUCUGAUCAAUUAGAAAGAUCACAUUUUUCUGAGUCUGCUCAUAGAACAACUACUAAACAUAAUUUCUUGCCUGUAAAUCAGCAAAAUACAUUGUUGCCGACAUCUCGUGUCGAGUCAACGACCACACAGACUCUCCUGUCUGUAAAUGAGGAUGAUACUUUGUUACCGACAGCACUUGUCCAAAUUAUGCAUUCUGUAAAAAAGCACACUGUUCGUGCCCUAAUUGACUCAGGUUCAAAAACAUCUCUUUUGACUGAAGAAGUAUCCAAAAGGCUAGGCUUAAUAACUAACGGUUCUAAUGUAAAAAUAUGUGGACUGGGUGACUCAGUAGUUGCAAAUUGUAAUGAAGUUUGUAACGUCACAUUAUAUUCCGAAAGGAAUAAAAUACAGCUUAGCUCUAAAGUUGUGAUUUUCCCACAUAUCACGAAUCUGAUGCCUUCUCUAUCAUUACCCACUCCUGAUAUUUCCGAUAUCAGUGAAUUAGAUUUAGCAGAUCCUAAUUUCUUAGCUUCUGCUCAAAUUGACAUGCUCUUAGGUAGCGAUGUAAUCCCGUAUAUAGUUCUAGAUGGUAUGAAAAAGAAUAUAUUAGGAAGUCUGAUCGCUCAGAAUUCUAUAUACGGUUGGUAUAUAUUUGGUCCACUGAAAUCACACGGCACUGCCCUAGUGACCUCAGAUGGUUCACCCGAACCAAAUUGUUACACUAAAUAUUAA